CUGUCGUGCUGGAAUAUCGAUCGCCUCGCAUAUAAAACACAUCCGUAGAAACGGCGUGUGAAUUAGAAACGGUCUCGGAGCGGCAUCGCCGCGCUCGGUUUCACCGGGAGGAUUCUGUUCGUGAUUCGUGCGACAGAUGAAAGGUUUCUGUGAGGAAAUGAGCGAUGAGGAUGAAUGCAUAUGUUGAUGAGGGGUUUCUCACGUGUGUGUUUGUCUCCAGACUGCAGCUCUUCAGAGACAGACGGAGCUCACAGUGAUUGUUCGCUGAUCGACCGGUCGGUCAUGACAUGGGCUCCGGAGGACGGUGCUAUUCGCAUCAAUGUGGGAGGCUUCCGGCGGCGGCUGCUGUCCAAGCGACUCUCUCGGUUCCCCGAGACCAGGCUCGCGCGCCUGCUCCGGUGCCGCUCCAAAGAGUCCAUCCUCGAGCUGUGCGACGACUACGACGACUCCGAGAACGAGUUCUACUUCGACCGCAAUCCGGCGCUCUUCCCGUACGUUUUACACUUCUACAACACGGGGAGGCUACACGUCAUGGAUGAGCUCUGCAUCUUCUCCUUCAGUCAGGAGAUCGAGUACUGGGGCAUCGACGAGCUGUUCCUGGACUCGUGCUGCAGCGGCUCCUAUCACUGCCGCAGGAUGGAGCCCGAGGUGAGCGACUGGGAGGAGAGGAGCGAGGAGGCCAGCACCACCUCCUCCUUCCACGAGAUCCUGGACUUCUACAGCGACGCCGGCAAAUUUGACAAGCAGCUGCUCGGAAGCGUCCGGCGGAGGAUCUGGCUGAUGCUGGACAAUCCCGGCUACUCGAUCCCCAGCCGGCUCAUCAGCAUCUUCUCCAUUCUGGUGGUGCUGGGCUCCAUCGCCUCCAUGUGCAUGAACAGCAUGAGCGAGUUCACGCUGCUGGACGCUGAUGGAAAGCCCCGCGAGGACCCUCGCUUCGAGGCCGUGGAGCACUUCGGCAUCGGCUGGUUCACGCUCGAGCUGCUGGCCAGAUUCGCUGUGGCGCCGGACCUCCUGCGUUUCUUCGAGCACCCGCUGAACCUGAUCGACCUGGUGUCCAUCCUGCCCUUUUACUUGACCCUGCUGAUGCACCUGGUGGCGGAGAGUGGCCCGGCGCUGGCGAACCUGGGCCGAGUGGCUCAGGUGCUGAGGCUGAUGAGGGUCUUCCGCAUCCUGAAGCUGGCGCGUCACUCCACGGGCCUGCGCUCGCUCGGAGCCACACUCAAGAACAGCUACAAAGAGAUCGGCCUGCUGCUGCUGUAUCUGGCCGUCGGAGUGUCCUUCUUCUCCGUCAUGGCCUACACCGUGGAGAAGGAGGACAACGAGGGACUGAACACCAUCCCGGCCAGCUGGUGGUGGGCCACGGUCAGCAUGACCACCGUGGGAUACGGCGACGUGGUUCCCGGCUCCGUCGCGGGAAAACUGACCGCCUCGGCCUGCAUACUGGCGGGAAUACUGGUCGUGGUGCUUCCGAUCACUUUGAUAUUUAACAAAUUCUCUCUGUUUUAUAAGAGACAGAAACAGCUGGAGACCGUCAUGCGGAGCUGUGACUUCGACGAGGGAAUAAAGGAGGCUCCGUCUGUGAAUCUGAGGAAUUAUUAUGCUCAUAAAGUCAAAACACUGAUGGCCAGUCUGUCCAACAUGAGCCGCAGUUCACCCAGCGAUCACAGUCUAAACGUGUCUCUGCAUUAGACGGGAACAGUGUGACGUCAGCGUGGCGUUUGUGUGUGUUUGCAUCAUGGAUCUCGCACCUGAUUCUGCUCUUCGUAGCGAGACACGCAAAGCAUCUGAUAAGUGGUUAAAGUAAUGAUGUGUGUUUAUACAGGCAGGAAUGGGACCCUCAAUGAAUCAACUUCUUCACCUGUGUUUUCUCUCAGCUUUCUCUCCCGUUGCCCAGCAUGCACAGCGGCUUCAUUUAGUUCCAGGGAACACAUGUCUAUGUUAAUGGAAGCUGUUGCCUCAUUGGGUGUUAGCGCUGAAUCUCUCCUGGUUGCCACUAUAUAUAUAUAUAUAUAUAUAUAUGUGUGUGUGUGUGUGUGUGUGUGUGUG